AUGGCUCACCACCCUCAGUGGUCCCGGCGAGGGUAUUAUCGCACAGGCGUAGAGGCCGAGGAUCUCAUCGGUCUAAUGGGAGAUCACGGCCUGGAACUGCUGACUCCAAGAGGCACAACCACCUGCGAAAAGCACGAGAGAGGCGCGGUUAGGAAGACGACAAUCGAUCUAGCGUGGGCAUUAUCCACCCUGGCCAACCGUCUUAUACGCUGUGAGGCCCAACGCCAGUCGUUACAUGCAGCGGACCACGUCCCGGUCCUCACAGAAGUCAACAUUGAAACACAGCAACGCCCGCGGCACAAACGGCUACAAUGGAAGAACGCAGAUUGGAAAGCCUGGCUGGCAGCUCUCACGCCGCGAAGCCAGACCUGGAAAGUGGGACCGUACGAGACAACAGAACAGAUCGACGCGGCCGUGGAACUUAUGGUUACCGACAUUCUCCAAGCAGCCCAAGACAACGUUCCCCGAACCGGCGUGAAUGAAUGGUCUAUACCGGGAUACACGCAGCAGCUCGCACCACUCAGGGCAGAGGUCCGCCGCGCUCGUAGGCGCGCGAAGGCGGAGGACUCGGAUGCCUUGGAGUUUCGACAGCUUAGGCAUAAGCUCGGCCGCCAGAGCGCUAAAAUAGCCCGAACUGCUCAUCGAGAACGCGUGGAAGAAGCUACGCAAGUUAUCCAGGAAUUCUGGAAUCUCGCCAAAUGGGCGCCCUGGACGGGAAAAGAUUCUAUCGUCCAGAGCUCUCUCAUCCGCCAGUAUCUUGAAGGCUCGGCUGCCCAAGAAGGCAUCGAUAGGAAGAUGCGAUUUUGCCACAAGGUAAACAAGAUGGAUUGGGCAUCUUCGUCUAACAUGUGGACUUUCGACAUCACUGCCAACGACACAGAGAAGAUAUCCCUGGGGUCUCGCUUCGUGUUCCUCGGCACAGGCUACUACGACUGCCAGGAGCCGCUACGGGCGAACGUUCCCGGGAUAGACAGUUUCCAAGGCGAGGUCAUCCACCUCCAGUUUUGGCCUGUCGACCUCGACUACACCAACAAACGGGUCGUUAUUAUCGGCUCUGGCGCCACCGCCAUCACGUUACUUCCCUCCCUUACUGCAGGCGCUGCACACGUAACCAUGCUCCAGCGCUCACCGACCUAUAUCGCGUCUCUUCCCAGGCAGGGAGGUUUCGAGAGCAUCGUCUCAGAAGUUCUACCCCGAUUUGCGGCCAAUGUACUCACCCGGAUUUCGUGCCUUCAUACAAUCCAUGGGAGCAGCGCUUGUGUCUUUGUCCCGAUGGCGACUUCUAUGCCUCUAUUAGGAGCGGAAAAGAAAAGCAUUAAGACGGGCGCGAUUGAAAAGAUUACAACUUCCAGCAUAGAACUGGCCUCCGGUGAGGAGCUGCAUCCGGACAUCAUCGUGACAGCGACCGGGCUUAAAAUAUGCUCGAGUGGUGGUAUCACUAUUACUAUCGACAGUGAGCCGUAUGACAUUUCGGAUCACUUUGCCUGGAGGACUGCCAUGGUUGAGGCUCUGCCGAACGCGGCGCUAUCAUGGGUUUACGCCGACGCAAGCUGGACGCUCGGGGCUGACUCAACGGUGCAGCUGGUGUGUCGCUUGCUCACACGAAUGAGGAAACAGGGAGUAUCGGUGAUAGUGCCGCGAAUUAUGGUGGAAGAAAGGAAGGUGUUGGAAGAACGCCCAUUUCUGGGUUUAACGGCGACCUACGUGAAGAAAGGCGGAAAUCCGUUUCCCAAGCCUGCGUCUACAGGCCCAUAG